GAAUUCUCUCAUCACUCAUCUCUAAUUUAAUAAAAAAUCAGAUGAAUUCUCCCACUUUCAUGCUUCUUUAUUGGCUCUUUCAUAUGAUUCUCAAUGAAUUUUGUUUUUUGCUGCUAUAUAUUAUGCUCUGUCAUCUUGCCUCCACUUGAACUUGGAUUCUCUCUUCCUCCUCAUAUUAUUAUUUCAUCAUAAAAAAAAAUAAAGUUUUGCCUUUAUGCUCAAUUCUGCAUCAUUGGGGGUAGAAUCCAACUGGGUAACCUUUAGUUUCUUCAAUUAAGCUGCUUUGAGAAGAAUCUUUACAGCCCCAAACUCCCCCAAACAUCUAACUUUGAGCAUAGAAUUUGACUUCACCCUAUGGCCAAUUGUUCAGUCAUAUAUGUUCCUUGAUUAGGACUCCUCAAAUGAAUUUUUCUUGACUGUUUUUUGUUCUAGAUUGCAGCUAACUUUGGUUCAAGGUGAAGAAACAAAAUAUGGAUGAUGGAAAUGCUGAGCUUUCUGAUAAGCUUUCAGAUAAUGUUCUGUUUUCAAAUCCAGAGUCAUCUAGCAAGUUUCAUGCCUCAACAUCAGUGAAUACAGACACAGUGACUGAAUUGUCGUGCACCCAUACUCAUACUUGCAACCCACCUGGCCCUGAUUCUGCUCACACACACACAUGUUACCACACACACACCACCCAAGUUUUUGCAUCUGAAGAAGAUACCAACUCAAAACCAAAAACGGCUUCUGGGAACAGAGAAGCUGUUAGAAAAUAUAGGGAGAAAAAGAAGGCUCACACUGCUUAUUUGGAAGAGGAAGUGAAGAAAUUGCGUUUGGUGAAUCAGCAACUAAUGAGGAAGCUACAAGGGCAAGCACUUCUUGAAGCUGAAUUGUCAAGGUUGAGGAACACUUUGGCAACUCUAAAAGGCAAAAUAGAUAGUGAAUUGGGUUCUUUCCCUUUUCAGAAUAAGUGUAGCUCUUCUACUUUUGUCAAAAGGGAUGUUGUUUUUCCAUGCUUCCAUCAACAUGGAGUAUCAUCAUCUAGGGUUAAUGUUUGUGCAUGUGGAAAAUCCAUGAUGAUGCCAUGGGAAGGAAACUGUCAACCUGAAAUAGUGGAUUGUCAAGUGGAUACAAAUAACAUGACCUGCACUGAAGGACAAACUAGGGACACUAUGGAUAAGUUUAUGCCAUCUGCAUCUCAAGAUGGGUAAUUAGCCAGACACUGCAUGCAUGUUUGGAAACUCGUCAACAAUUAAUUAUGAAGGCAAAAUCGGUUUUGUGGAGAUCAAGCUUCUGUGUGUAGCUUUUGGUUUCAUAAUUGAUUCCGACGACUGAUUCCAAUCUUCUGUGAGUUUCUUUCCGAUUCCUAUCACUGAUUAGUGAUUAUAUGUUGGUGGUACGUAAGCUCAGGUUUUGUAUAUAUAAUUGGUGUUACCAUGAUAGAAUGCAUGUUAUAUAACUCAUAACUUACCCUAAUGAAGCUUGAUUUCUACAAUUUAUAGAAUAUGUAUAUGUAUACGCGGGCAAAGUUUUGUUGAAAUUUGUACAAUAUAGCAGCCUGUAAAAAGUGUUUUGCGUUUAGAUAAAGAUAAUUACUUGUGCGUCAAGUUUGUAAUAUUUAAUAAAUUACUACUUUAAUUGCUCUUGCAAAAGCAGCAUUAAUGUUCUCCCUAGAAGCAUCUCAUCCUACAUCAGUGUUGUAGUCGAUCUUUUUUUAUCUAUACCAGUCAUUUGUGAUAA